AUGACCUACCCCCAAACCACCAUCCUCCUCCUCGGCGCCGGCGAACUAGGCUCAGCCUUCCUCCCUCACCUCUCCGCCCUCCCCAACGCCCACAUCACAAUCGGCAUCCGCUCCCCAUCCAAAUACACACACCUCCAAUCCCCCAACAUCUCCCUCACAGCCAUCGAUCUCACCUCACCCUCACUCUCCCUCGCCAAAACCUUCUCCACAUACGACAUCCUCAUCUCCGCGACAGGCUUCGGCGCCGACCCCAGCAGCGUCCUCAAACUCGCCGAGGAAGCCCUGUUGGCCGGCAAGAUCAGAAAAGAGCAAGGGAAAGGGAAAUUAUGGUUCUUUCCCUGGCAGUGGGGUGUUGAUUACGACGUCAUUGGUGAUGGGGAAGGGAUGAUGCCUUUGUUUGGUGCGCAGCGCGAUGUGAGGAAUUUGUUGCGGCGGAAAGCUGAGCAGAGUAAUGUCAAGUGGACGGUUCGGGUGGGCGGGAAGCAGGUUCAGCAAGAGGCGUGGAGUAUUGAGCACUUGAAGGAGGAGCUCGACUCGGCGCCAGAAGAUGGCAUCAAGAAGUACAGGCUGGUAUUCGCCAGGGAUGGCGUGUGGUGGGAGAUGAGUAGGACGGUGAAUAAGGCGUUGGGCAUGAACAUGAUGGAUGUUGAGACGUUUACUAGAAGUUUGUUCAGUAGAUAG